UCACAAUACUAGUAUCAUAUUUACAUUCACUAACCAAUGGCUUCCCCCUCUUCUUACAUGGCCGUUGUGACUAUGGCUCUCCUAAUUCUCUUCUUGGGCAGCUCCACUGCUCAACUUUCAACCAAUUACUACUCCCAAUCUUGUCCAAAGCUCUUCCCCACUGUGAAGUCUGCAGUGAAGUCUGCAAUAGCAAAAGAAGCCCGGAUGGGAGCCUCGCUCCUACGCCUUUUCUUCCAUGAUUGCUUUGUUAAUGGAUGUGAUGGCUCGGUACUUCUAGACGACACAUCCUCCUUCAUAGGAGAGAAGAAUGCAGCUCCAAAUGCAAAUUCCGUAAGGGGAUUCGAUGUGGUUGAUGAUAUAAAAUCCAAAGUUGAGAAGUCCUGCCCAGGUGUGGUCUCGUGUGCUGAUGUUCUGGCCAUUGCUGCUAGAGACUCUGUAGUCAUUCUUGGAGGGCCUAGCUGGAACGUAAAACUUGGGCGAAGAGACGCCCGGACCGCAAGCCAGGCUGCUGCAAACAACAGCAUCCCUCCUCCAACUUCAAACCUGAACCAACUAAUCUCUAGAUUCCAAGCUCUUGGCCUCUCAACCAGGGACUUGGUUGCCUUAGCUGGCUCACACACAAUUGGGCAAGCAAGGUGCACAUCCUUCAGGGCUCGCAUAUACAAUGAGACAAACAUCGAUAAUUCCUUCGCUAAAACAAGGCAGAGCAACUGCCCAAGAGCCAGUGGCUCAGGGGACAACAACUUGGCCCCUCUGGAUCUUCAAACUCCUACAGCUUUUGAGAACAACUACUACAAGAACCUGAUCAAGAAGAAAGGACUUCUCCACUCUGAUCAGCAGCUGUUCAAUGGGGGUUCCACUGAUUCUAUAGUGAGAAAGUACAGCAACAGCCGGAGCAACUUCAAUGAUGAUUUUGUAGCAGGGAUGAUCAAGAUGGGAGAUAUCAGCCCACUCACUGGAUCAAAUGGAGAGAUUAGGAAGAACUGCAGAAGGGUGAAUUGAUGGUUGCAGUUUUUUCUUGUGACUGAGACUUUUUAUUUGAAAUAUAUGUAGUGUGUUCUUGUUGUCGUCCCUUUGUAUCACCAUCCUUGGGAAGAACACUUGAUGUGUACUUUUCUUGGACAUUUUCCAAUAAUAAUAUAAAAAAAGAAAAGAAAAAAAAUAGCAUAUGGAAUACUUUUCUGUUUGAAUA